CUGCUCUCGCUAGUGCCAGUGCUGGUUCUGGUCCAGCUGCCGCCGUCAUGAGGAGCCGGAGCAACUCGGGCGUGCGUCUGGACGGCUACGGGCGCCUGGUGCAGCAGACUAUCCUCCGCCACCAGGACGCGGUGACGGGGCUGCUCCCCGCCAGCGCCGACUACCAGGACGCCUGGGUCCGGGACAACGUGUACAGCAUCCUGGCGGUGUGGGGUCUUGGCCUGGCCUACCGCAAGAAUGCCGACCGCGACGAGGACAAGGCCAAGGCCUACGAGCUGGAGCAGAGUGUGGUGAAGCUGAUGCGGGGGCUGCUCCAGUGCAUGAUAAGACAGGUGGACAAGGUAGAGGCCUUCAAGUACAGUCAGAGCACCAGAGACUGUCUGCAUGCCAAGUAUAACACCCACACCUGUGCCACUGUGGUAGGAGACCAUGAAUGGGGUCACCUACAGAUGGAUGCUACCUCCCUCUACCUCCUCAUGCUUGCACAAAUGACGGCCUCAGGCCUCCACAUAAUUCACAGCUUGGAUGAAGUCAACUUUAUCCAGAACCUUGUAUUCUACAUUGAAGCUGCCUACAAAACUGCGGACUUUGGCAUAUGGGAGCGUGGGGACAAGACAAACCAGGGCAUCACCGAGUUGAAUGCCAGUUCUGUCGGCAUGGCCAAGGCUGCCCUGGAGGCACUGGAUGAGCUGGAUCUCUUUGGAGCCAAGGGAGGCCCACAAUCAGUGAUACGGGUGCUGUCAGAUGAGGUGCAGCACUGCCAGUCCAUCCUCCAUUCAAUGCUGCCCAGGGCCUCCACAUCCAAGGAGGUGGAUGCCAGUGUGCUCUCUGUCAUCUCCUACCCAGCAUUUGCUGUGGAGGAUAGCGAGCUGGUGGAAAUCACCAAGCAGGAGAUUAUCACCAAGCUGCAGGGGCGGUAUGGCUGCUGCCGGUUCCUCCGGGAUGGAUACAGGACUCCCAAAGAGGACCCCAAACGCCUCUACUAUGAACCUGCUGAGCUGAAGCUGUUUGAGAAUAUUGAGUGUGAGUGGCCUCUCUUCUGGGCAUACUUGAUGAUUGACGGGAUUUUCAGUGGAAACAUGGAGCAGGUGCAGGAGUACCGGGAAGCCCUUGAGGGGGUUCUCAUCAAGGGGAAGAAUGGGGUACGCCUGCUGCCAGAGCUGUACAGUGUCCCACCGGAUAAGGUGGAUGAAGAAUACAGGAAUCCACACACUGUGGACAGGAUACCCAUGGGCAAGCUGCCACACAUGUGGGGACAGUCCCUCUACAUCCUGGGUUGUCUGAUGGCUGAGGGGUUUCUAGCUCCUGGUGAAAUAGAUCCCCUCAACCGCCGUUUUGCGACUGUCCCUAAACCUGAUGUGGUGGUCCAAGUGUGUAUCCUGGCUGAAACAGAGGGGAUCAAGGCAAUCCUGCAGAAGGAGGGCAUUGACGUGGAGACUGUGGCAGACGUCUACCCCAUCAGAGUGCAGCCUGCUCGCAUCCUCAGCCACAUCUAUGCCAGGCUGGGCCGCAGCAAGCAGAUGUGCCUUACUGGACGGCCCUACCGGCAUAUGGGUGUCCUUGGGACCUCCAAACUCUACAAAAUCAGGAAGAGCAUCUUUACCUUUACCCCACAGUUCAUAGACCAGCAGCAGUUCUACCUGGCUCUUGACAACAAGAUGAUUGUGGAGAUGCUGAGGACAGACCUCUCCUACCUCUGCAGCCGCUGGAGGAUGACUGGGCGACCAACCAUCACCUUCCCCAUCUCCCACACCAUGCUUGAUGAAAGCAGCAGCAGUGUGCAUCCCACGGUGCUGGCGAUGCUGCAGAAGCUGCAGGAUGGGUAUUUCGGUGGUGCAAGAAUUCAGACUGGUAAAUUGUCGGAGUUCCUGACAACGUCAUGCCGAACGCACCUCAGCUUUAUGGACCCUGGGCCAGAGGAGGACACUGACGAUGAGGUUGCUCAGUAUCUGGAUCACUUGCUGCAGCGCACAACUCCCCAGUCAAACCUGCCUCCCACCACUCAGCGGGGAGGGCUGAGCCGCUUCAGGGCUGCUGUCCAUACCACCCGUGAUCUCAUUUCCUUGGCAUCCAAGGCCAAGGACCUGCAUGUCCAGAAUGUUGGGAUGUAUGUCCCCAGCAGGAUCUUCCAGGCAUCGCAGCAGUCAGUCAAGCUGCUGAGUUCACCCCACCAGCAUGACUUGGAUGGCAAGAGCCAUGCACUCUUUGCAGAGAUGAACUUGCCACAUGAUGAAGAUGGCAGCGUGGACUGCAAGGCACUGGUGGACCAGCUGCGCAUCUGCCCCACACUGCAGGAGCAAGCAGACAUCCUUUACAUGCUCCACAUCCUCAAGGGACCCGAGUGGCACACGGGGCUUGAUAGUGAGCCUGGCCCCACUGUCAAGGAGCUCCUCACUGAGCUGUAUGUGCGGGUGGGGGAGACACGCCAGUGGGCCCUGAUCCGCUACAUUUCUGGCAUCCUCAAGAAGAAGGUUGAAGCUCUGGAUGAGGCCUGUACUGACCUCCUGUCUCACCAGAAACACUUGACGGUGGGGCUGCCCCCAGAGCCACGUGAGAAGACAAUCUCCACCCCAAUCCCCUAUGAGGAACUUGUUCGCCUUAUUGAUGAAGCCAGUGAGAAGAACCUCAGUGUGUCCGUCCUCACCCAGGAGAUCAUGGUGUACUUGGCCAUGUACAUACGCACACAGCCUGCACUGUUUGCCGAGAUGUUCCGCAUCCGCAUUGGGCUCAUCAUCCAGGUGAUGGCAACAGAGCUGGCACACUCCCUGCAUUGUUCAGCUGGAGAAGCCACAGAGAACCUGAUGAAUCUCAGCCCAUCAGACAUGAAGAGCCUCCUCUACCACAUUCUCUCUGGCAAGGAGUUUGGGGUGGAAAGGAGUGUGCGUUCAGUGGACUCGUCGCUCACCACUGCUGUCUCCAUCUGUGACAUGGAAGCUGUCGGGGCCACCAGGCCUGAGCGCACUGGGCUUGUCAGGCUGAAAAGUGAAAUCAAACAGCAGUUGGAUAAACGUAGGCAGUCUCUGCCUGGGAGUAAGCCGCUCAGUUUGCAGUCCAGGGAUACUGACCUCAAGUCCUUUCUGUCUGCUGGGCACACAGAGCUGGUGGGCAAGGACUCCUUUUCAAGCAUGCUAGAAGACCAGGGCAGUAAGGACAGUCGGCAGGGCCAGUGGCAGCGGAGGCGCCGGCUGGAUGGGGCCCUUAACCGUGUCCCUGUAGGCUUCUACCAGAAGGUCUGGAAGGUCCUGCAGAAGUGCCAUGGUCUCUCUGUGGAGGGCUUUGUUCUUCCCUCCUCGACAACCAGAGAGAUGACCCCAGGGGAAAUGAAGUUUGCUGUGCAUGUGGAGUCCGUCCUCAACCGUGUGCCCCAGCCAGAGUACAGGCAGUUGCUGGUGGAAACUAUCUUAGUGCUCACCAUGCUUGUGGAUGUGGAGGUGCACACCAUUGGUGGCAUCAUAGCUGUGGAAAAGAUCUUGCACAUAGCCAAUGACCUCUUCUAUGAGGAGCAGAAAGCCCUGGGCGCUGAUGAGCACAUGCUGGAGAGGGAUCCUUCAACAGGCAUCUGCAGCCUGCUGUAUGAUAGUGCACCGAGCGGCCGGUUUGGCACCAUGACCUACCUGUCCAAGUCGGUGGCCUUGUACGUGUAUGACUUUCUGCCCACAGAUGGCUGCUCCAUGCAGUAGCUCUUGCAGUUCCU